ACCUCUUCAGUGCCUCGAACUUGAUGUCAUCUUUGGCUGUUACGCUUCAACUAUUCUCGUUGUCCAGGUUGAUAUACAACGCAAUCCUGUUAAAAAAAUCAAGUUUGAAGCCAUGGACCCGUAUCGUAAGAUCCAGCCUCGUCCCCUGCCCCAGCAACAAAACCAUCAAAGUCGUCCGCUCCAGCAGACCACAGCAGCCGAAGAAGUCGACUUGGAGGAGCCGCUACGAUCGCAGCGAAAGACUCGACAACGCCACACUGAAAAGGAAUGGGAAAAAAUCAGACCUGAUCUGACCGAGUUGCUCCUGCGUCAUGGCCUGGACGAUGCUAUAAAGAUAAUCAAACAAACACACAAGUUUAAAGCAGGGAAACGGGCUUACAGGAGUAAAAUGAGGGACUGGGGCCUCAAACAAAACCUGGACGCAGAAGACCUAGGUAUCGCCGUGGCAAAGAGAGAGAAACGAAAACAUGAAGAAAAUAAGGAAACGAUGAUAAUAGCGAGGGGUGAACAGCUUGCAAUGGAGAGGCUUGAUCUGUUCCAAAGGAGAGCAAAGAAUAAGCAAUCCCCUUCGGCAGCAACCCCACAGAGCAUCGAAUACUACACUCCUGCCAAUAAUGGCCGAACUCCUGAUGCCAUACAAACCCCUGCGGGUUUGAGACGAGCGCUUGUCCACACAGGAUUACCGGGCGCCGUGCCAGAGAACAAAGAGCAGAAGGAUUUCUGCAAAAGGCUUCUGAUACUAGAUCAAACGACGCAGCUCGUCGUCGUGCUUCGACCUCCUGAACCUAAAGAAAACGAGACCGCGGUCGAGCACGAGAUUGGAUCGCUUGUUGGAACAACGACAGAGCAGGCUACUCCUUCAUUGACACGCCAGCUGAACACAGUGAGAGAUCAAAUGACACCGGGGACCCAGAUCGAGGCCUUGAACACAAAGUCACAAGUACCCCAGCGCCCGACGCACGACCUACACCAGGGCGGACAUGUUGCGGUCGCAGGACGCGGCCGCUUUGCGAAGAAAGAAAAGCCUCUGGAGCUGCUAUGGCAGAUGAAGAAGCUAUGCCAUGACUUGGGAAAGGCUUUGUCUCAUGCAAAUCUCUCUGCAAAGGCUGGCUUGUCUGGAGCACCAUCAGCCACGGCCGACUGCAUUUCAUAUAUUGUUCGCAUUCGCGGCAAUGGUGUUGGGAUCCGAGAAAAACGGCAGCGCCUGAUCCAUUUCUGCCAACGGAACCCCCAGAUACACGGUAUCCUAGGACUUACCAAAGAGGACCUUGUGCGCUGGCUGCAGCCUUGGCAAGAAACCGCUGAGGGAGACGCGUCGUUAAUUGUGCAGACUGCAAAUCAUCUGUUCGGCGACUUGACAUGUUCGUAUCCCGAGAUGGAUAUCCUUGAGGUUCUCGUCUACCUCCAUACAACAGCUCCACCUCGAGAGCCGAUCAUGCUGCGCGCUGCUGCGGGUUGGGACCCACGCGAAGAGCACAAUAAAUGCCUGUAUUGCGACGACAAGUUGCAGAUUGUGGAUUUUAUGGGACCAAGCGGGGCAGUGAAGUUGCACCACUCCGCCAUCAACUCAACCAGAAUAUUCGAACCGUUCUCUACGUUCGACUCGUUCCGCGACGCUUUCGCCCACGCCCGGGAAACCGUUUAUCCCAGUUGGAGCGAGAUAGCGUACAUGGUCCAAGGGUGGUACUACGCUCCCCUCCUGCGAAGAUGUCCUUGCGAGAGCAAGACGCACCAGCAUCUCGGGUCCGAACACUAUGUCAACGUCUUCGAUGAACAGACAGCCCAACUAGAAGACUUUGACCCCACAGCAUCGUCCUAUUUGAGAGUGCCUUUUGAGGCAUUCCCAUCAGAGGACCGCGUGGUUAUUCUGCACGGGAGCAAAGGAAAAGAAGUCCCCCUUGAAGAGACAUGGGAUCCUUCUGGGGAUGAAGACUCAGACGAAGAAUUUGAACCUUACCCAGAGGCUGAACAUGAUAGCGUGAGCGACAUCAAGGCAGUGAAAUUCAACCACUACGGAUGAAUGAUCUUGGAGCUUCUUUAAAUAAAUCCAAAGUCUUCUAAUGGAACUAUUGGCUCUUUCCGGCCUCAGACCUUGGCUGUCCGAGCUCGUUUUCUGGGCUGACUUUGCGAAUCCAAAUCAGACGCCGACUCCAGCUCACAAGUCUCCUUCUCUGCAAACGGAGUUGUGAGUGGUAUCAAUUUCUCCAGUCUAUCCACUGUGAUGAUAUAGGUUCUUGCUCCGCAC